CUGUCAUUCUGUCAAUGUCUCAGUCUGUCAUUUAUUUUUCAAGAUGGCUCCAAAUCGGAGUGUUUUAGGAUUUUUGAACUCCAAAACUAUUAGUACGGUUUUCACCAAUAGUAUUGUAAAAACUCCAUAUCGUUAUGUGCAUGGAUGUAAUAAUUGUGACAAAUUUUUGGGCGGUCCGGCUAUUUCCGCAGCUUCCUUAGCACGUAAAAAUUAUAAUAUCAGUGGCAGACCUCGAUUUAUUCACACGACGAACCAUUUGAGUGCUCGAGCUGACUACUACAAGGUCCUCGGUGUCGCUAAGAAUGCUUCUUCUAAGGACAUAAAGAAGGCAUACUACCAGUUGGCCAAGAAGUAUCAUCCUGAUGCGAAUAAGUCUGAUCCAGAAGCUUCCAAGAAAUUCCAAGAAGUAUCUGAAGCUUAUGAGAUACUGUCUGAUGAAAACAAGCGCAAACAAUAUGACACAUUUGGCACUACUGCGGAUGAUAUGGGAAUGGGUGGUGGGCCUACAGGAGCUGAUGGUUUCACCCACCAAUGGCAGUACAAGUCUACCAUAGACCCAGAAGAGUUGUUUCGGAAGAUAUUUGGUGAUGCUGGCUUCAAAAGUGAGGCUUUCAGUGAUUUUGCUGAGUCUAAGUUUGGAUUUGGAGCUGCACAAGAGGUUGUAGUGAACCUCCGUUUCACAGAAGCAGCGCGUGGUGUGACCAAAGACAUUAAUGUGAACGUAGUGGACACAUGUACCAAGUGCCAGGGCUCCCGCUGUGAGCCUGGUACUAAAGCCAUUAAGUGUACUUACUGCAACGGGACCGGAAUGGAAACAUUCUCUCGAGGUCCAUUUGUGAUGCGCUCCACUUGCCGACACUGCCAUGGAACUCGAAUGCUAAUCAAGUUCCCUUGCGUCGAGUGUGAGGGGAAAGGACAGUCGGUUCAACGCAAGAAAGUGAAAGUGCCAGUGCCGGCUGGGGUAGAAGACGGACAGACAGUCCGUAUGGCGGUCGGGAACAACAGUGAGAUAUUCGUCACCUUCAAGGUGGAGAAAUCCAAUUACUUCCACAGGGACGGGCCUGAUGUACAUACUGAUUGUACCAUAUCCGUGGCUCAAGCCUUGUUAGGUGGCACAGUCAGAAUACAAGGAAUAUAUGAGGACCAUACCUUGCAGGUUCGUACUCUCAUCAGAGGCCUUAGUACGAGUUUUUUGAUGACUUUUGUUGUUUGUCAAGAUGAGACUACGAUGUCAGCUACUACGAAAGGAGAGGAGGAAGAAGAAGAGGAACCAGCAAAGAAGGGCUGUUCCAUCUGGUGCUGGAUACAGAAGAUUGCGAUGUUUAUCGUCUCCCAACUUCUGAGUGGUAACUGA